CGUAGGAAUUUUGUCUGAAAGAGGAACAAUGCCAAGAGCAAAGAAUGGAAAUCUUAUGAAUCCCAAGAAAAGAGGAAGAUGCAAAGCGAAAGGUGCUUUCAAUAUCCCAGAACUUCCACUGGCAAUAGUAAUGGACAUUCUAUCAAGGCUUUCCUUCAAGACCCUCUGCAGUUGCAGGUGUGUUUGCAAAGACUGGCUUCACAUUAUUUCUGACCCUGAAUUUGCUCAUCUACACCGUCCAACAUUGCCCCUCAGUAUCUUGAUCAAGACCCAGCCUCCUAAUAGAAAAUUAAGUAGACUUGAUUUAUUCCAUGUAGAAAAAAGUGCUGGUUCUCGGAUUAAAGUCGACAGACUGAGAUUUGAUCCUCAAAAGAGCAUACCUUGCUCUCUUUCUGAAGUGAUUUUGAUAAAUUCAUGCGACGGUUUGGUUUGUCUGACUAAGGGAACGCUAUGGAAAUCGCGAGAUGGUUCCUUGUAUGUGUGCAAUCCUAUUUGGGGUCGGUACAUCAGCAUUCCUUCUCCUGAUAAGAAUAGAACGUACGAUAACGAUUUUACUGCAAUUGGUUUUAGCGCCAAGACUAAGGAAUACAAGGUGGUGCAAACAAGUACCAGAAACGACUGCCAUGAGACUGAGGUUCUUAUAUACACCAUUGGUACCGGAGCUUGGAGAAGUCUUGGAAAGUCCCCUAAAGGUAGUGUCGCUCAGUUACCAUUCAAUUCCUUUCUCCAUGGGGCUCUUCAUUAUGUUCUUGGUGAACAUCCAUGUUCUCAAGUAAUACAAUGCUUUGACUUUGAACGGGAAGAAUUUCGACCUCUACUAGCCCCAGCAUAUUUGAAGAAAGUCAACCGUUUUCGUGGUUGCUAUUGGAAGGUGGGAGUUUUGGAAGGUUGUAUGUUUUUAUUUGUGUUUGAUGAUAAUGCGGGUACAACAUCCGAAAUGUGGAUCAUGAAGGAUUAUGGCGUCCAAGAGUCGUGGACCAAAAUCUUUGUCCUGGAAAACUCGUUGUUUUCUAGGGCGUCCCCCUCUUAUUAUGAACCAAUUCUGUUCUUAAAUGAUAUGGAAAUUCUAAUGACAGAAGAGAGUUAUUGUGUGGUCUGCUAUAAUCAAGAAACUAAAUGUUUCAAAAAAACUAGCGUUGUUCGGACUGAGUCUAGGUUUCAGGCACUUGGUUACUAUCCUAGCUUUGUUUCACUCCAAGAUGUUUCAAAUGGAGAGGAGGUAAGAAGCGUUUUAUCAUGCUUACUAUAUGACAUGUGCAGCAUACGAGACAAUAUCGAAAUUGAUAUUCUGCGUGGUGGAGGGAGCAGUAGUGAUGUUUUAUCCAGCGUUCCACCUGAUCACAAUUCCGGAUAG